AUGCAACGCACAUUCCAAUUUGAAGAAGACCUGCCAUCAUUACCUGUCCCAACAUUACAACAUACGCUCACUAGAUACCUAGAAUCUGUUAAGCCUCAUGUUUCAUUGGCUGAGUUUGAAAGAACUACAAACAUUGUCAAAGAAUUUGGUAAUGGUAUUGGAAAAACCCUUCAUGAAAAUUUACUGAAAAAGGCCUCCACGGAAAAAAACUGGCUUGAAAACUGGUGGGAGAAUACUGCUUAUUUGUCAGCGAGAGGUUCGAAACCUUUUGGUGGCGCAAAUGUUGCAUAUGCGAUUCUAGAUAUGAACGUUUGGCCACCUAAGAAAGGUACACAAGUGGAAAGAUGUGCGCUGAUAUUGUGGAAUGUGUUGAAAUACUGGCAAUCCAUCCACGAGGAGACGCUUCCAGUGGAAUCUAGUCGGGAUAAAUCUAAUAUUUCCAUGCAUCAAUACCGAAGUAUAUUCAGUUCCAGCGUAGUUCCCGGCAUUGAGAAGGAUACCAUCACGAGACAUUUAAAAACUGAGAAAGAAGGAAACUGUCCAGACCAUAUUAUUGUUUUGCGUAAAGGUCACUUUUAUAGAUUCACGGCCACCGACGAUGACGGGAAUAUACUUUCUGCUCCAGAAUUACAAAGACAAUUACAAUAUAUAAAGAAUACAUGUGAAAAUACACCUACUAUACCAAGUGUGGGAAUUUUGACAGCAUUGGACAGGACACUAUGGGCACAGGCAAGAACACAUUUGUGUAAGCUUAACCCACAUAAUAUAUCUAUCCUUAAUGAUAUCGAGUCCAGUUUACUAAUCAUAAGCCUUGAAGAAAUUUCAGCAGAUACACGACAGGCGGUUUGUGAGCAAUCUUUAUUUGGUAAUGGCCAUGGUCGAUGGUUUGAUAAAUGCUAUACACUUAUCAGUUUUGAAAAUGGAAGCUUUGGUGCUAACUUUGACCACUCCGUGAUGGAUGGAAUUUGUGUGGUCAAUCAUGUAUCCCAUACAACUGAGCAAAUUAUCUCACAAGAUGGCAUCUGGAAGGGUUCAACAAAUGUGCGAGAAUUGCCAGAUCCACAGGAGUUAAAGUUUACUAUGGAUGAUUACAUAACUAAGACAAUCUCUAAAGCAGAUGAACAGUAUAGGAAUGAGGCAGAUAAUGUUGAACUCACCGUCAAAGUAACACCUUUUGAUCGGGGUGUGUUGAAAUCAAAGCAGAUCCAUCCAGAUGCAUUCAUGCAAUUGGCAUUGCAUUAUACUUAUUAUAAGAUGUACAACAGACCUGCUCCUACAUAUGAGACGGCAACAACUCGUAAAUUCUAUCACGGUAGAACAGAAACAGUGAGAACAUGCACUAUGGAAGCAAUUCAGUGGUACAAGGCUAUGCUGGAUGACAAUAUUAAAGUUAGUAUAUCUGUAUUUAUUGGACAGUUUAUGCAGUUGAAUCAGUAUUAA